UUAAAAACCAAUGCUAAUGGUACGAUCGAUAAAUAUAAAGCGAGGCUUGUAGCCCGAGGCUUUUCGCAAACACCAGUGGUCGACUAUGACGAAACGUUUAGCCCAGUGGCAAAAAUGACAACUAUCAGAUAUGUCAUAAGUGUUUCGGCAAACGAAGUACUAACGCUCACGCAAUUCGAUAUUCCUACUGCCUUUCUCAAUGGAUCUCAUAAAGAAGAAAUAUAUAUGAAGCAGCCCGGAGGCAUGAGUGACGGGACUAAACGAAUCUGUAAAUAAAAGUGAAGCCUGUAUGGACUCAAGCAAGCACUAAGAUGCUGGAACAAGUGCAUUGUAGACUACUUGAAGAGCAUAGGCUUUCAACAAAGUCAAACAGAUCCAUGUCUGUUCAUAAAGAAACGUGCACUAUCCAAAAUAAUACUAGCGGUUGAUGUUGAUGACGGAUUGGUGGCAACCACGCACCAAAGGGAUGCGGAUAUGUUCAAAGCUGAACUUAAAUGAAGAUUAAAGAUAACCGCAAAGCCUGCAGAAUAUUAUCUGGGUUUAGAACUGCACCAUAUUAAAGAUGGCUCAAUUAGCAUAUGGCAAAAGCACUACACAGAAAAGGUUUUAGAGCGUUUUGGUAUGAGCAGCUGUAAAACGGUAACUACGCCAAUACUGAAAAAUUCUGAGCAAGGGCAAAUGAACAGAGAAGUUACAGAUGAGAAAUCAUUUCCGUAUAGGCAAGCCGUUGGAGCUCUUGCAUACCUUAUGGUUGGAACGCGUCCAGAUAUUGCGUAUGCCGUUGGUGUUGUUUCUAGAACACUAGAAAACCCAUCUCAAGAGGAUGUUCUUAAGAUGAAGCGUAUAAUUAAACGCGUACAAUUAAGCGAAGGUAAAGCUAAUGCGCUACCUUCAAGGAACUUUAGGCUACGGAAUAAUAUUCAAGAAGAACUACCAAAGAAGAAUUCUGGAUGCAUAUAGUGACUCUGACCAUGCAGGCGAUGUCAAAGAUGGUCGGUCAACCAGUGGCAUCCUCUGCAUAUAUGCUGGAGGAGCAAUCUCCUGGGCUAGUAGAAAACAGUCGUCAGUGGCGAUCUCCACGACCGAAGUCGUAAUUAUCGUAGCAAGUGAAGCAGCACGCGGGAUAUUAUGGCUACAAAGGCUGUUUAAUGAAAUCACCUACCUAAAGGAGGCAACAACUCUAAAAAUCGUUAAUGACGCUGCUAUAAAAUUGACUCAAAAUCCGGAACUGCACCGGAGGACUAAACACAUUACUGUGAGACACUUUUAUGUACGAGAUCUGGUUGCAGAAGGAAACAAUACAGGUCAAACACGUAAAGGCAAACCUACAAAAUGCUGAUAUACUGACGAAGCCCCUCAGACCGAAUGGGUUUGAGUUGUUUAUAGUUUAUCCUUCUUCAUAGACUUUGCAAAAUGGGAGGAUUUUGGGGUUUAUGUAUCCACGGUUUUGUGUCUUAUAUGAAAAAGAAAGAAGCUUGACAGACAUAAGGAAUAAAAUAAAAGUCAGUCUUUGUUUUAUUGUAAUGUAUUUUCUUUUAUCUUAACACUUAUGAUCUACAAAAAUAACGAUAUCCCCAAUCACUUGCCAUCUAUGUUUGGGAACCAGGAGUCCUAUGCAAUACUAUUUAAAUUCAUCGUAAGCACUAUUAAUGGUGUCGAUUCUAGCAUGAUUCUCUAAAGCUAAACUUAAAUUUGACAACAGAUAUACACAGAAUGAAAAGGAGAGACUGAUGUUAAAUUUAGUUUUAAGUUUAGAGAAUCGUGUCAGAAUCGAUACCAUUGGCAAGAUAUAGAGGACUUAUAACUAAUGACUGGCCAAUAUGGGAAUCUCCAAGGCCGUUAAGUUUAUAUACGAAAAAAAAAAGGUAGCCAUCUUGUUCAUUGCUUGGGCUUCUUCUUUUCGAGGAAAUUGGUACGUUUUCCAGGAAAUAAAGGUUAAAGUGUUUGUAAAACUGUGCUGUGUCAAAAAAAUUAAUUCACACCGCUAAUCGAUUAAAUAGUACUCAAAGAUGGCAGCAAGCGAUUCUGGGACCGAUGAAUCACUUUAUCCCAUUGCUGUACUGAUCGACGAAUUGAAAAAUGACGAUGUACAGCUCCGAUUGAAUUCUAUCAAAAAGCUAUCUACGAUUGCUUUAGCACUCGGCGUGGAAAGAACCAGAUCUGAACUGAUUCCAUUUUUGACUGAAACUAUUUACGACGAGGAUGAGGUGCUUCUUGCUCUUGCGGAGCAACUUGGAAACUUCAUCAACUUGGUUGGUGGUGGAGAAUUCGCCCACUGCCUCCUCCCUCCUCUGGAAUCGCUUGCUACGGUGGAGGAGACGGUAGUCCGUGAUAAGGCAGUGGCCUCGUUGAGAGCUGUGGCUGCUCACCAUUCACCCCAGGCCCUCGAGCAGCACUUUGUGCCAUUGGUCCAACGGUUGGCAGGAGGAGACUGGUUCACUUCUAGGGCUUCUGCUUGUGGACUCUUUAGUGUAUGCUACACUCGCGUCUCCGCGCCCGUCAAGGCGGAACUUCGUCAACAUUUCCGCACGCUGUGCCAAGAUGACACGCCCAUGGUGCGUCGUGCUGCCGCCUACAAGCUUGGGGAGUUCGCGCGCGUCGUGGAAGUCGAGUAUGUGAAGAGCGACCUCAUACCGAUGUUUGUUACUCUUGCUGAGGAUGAACAAGACUCAGUUCGCCUGCUGGCAGCCGAAGCUUGCGCGGCAGUAGCUGCCUUACUGCCUCCUGAAGACAUGGAACAACUUGUGAUGCCAACUGUACGCAGCCGCGCUGGGGAUACGUCGUGGCGAGUGCGAUAUAUGGUCGCGGACAAAUUCGUGGAACUGCAACAAGCAGUCGGUCCAGAAUUAGCUCGCUCUGACCUAGCUCAGAUCUUCCAAGCUCUACUGAAGGACAGUGAGGCGGAAGUUCGAGCCGCCGCCGCUGGAAAGGUAAAAGACUUCUGCAUGAACUUGGACAAGGCUCACCAGGAGCACAUCAUCAUGACCAUGAUACUGCCGCAGAUCAAAAAUCUUGUAUGCGAUCCCAACCAGCAUGUCAAAUCUGCCCUGGCUUCAGUCAUCAUGGGCCUCAGCCCCAUAGUAGGAAGGCAGAACACCAUCGAGCACCUCCUGCCCCUUUUCCUGACCCAACUCAAAGACGAGUGCCCAGAAGUCAGACUUAACAUCAUCUCCAAUCUGGAGUGUGUCAACGAAGUAAUCGGAAUACAACAGCUGGUACAAUCCCUAUUACCAGCCAUUGUGGAAUUAGCCGAAGACACCAAAUGGAGAGUACGGCUCGCCAUCAUCGAACUGAUGCCUCUUCUAGCUGGACAAUUGGGACAGGAGUUCUUCGAUGAGAAACUCACUGGACUCUGCAUGUUUUGGCUAGCAGACCACGUUUACGCUAUUCGUGAAGCCGCUACACUCAACUUGAAGAAGCUGGUGGAGCAAUACGGAUCCCAAUGGGCAGAAACCAACAUCAUACCCAAAGUUUUAGCCAUGUCCCGGGAACAAAACUACUUACACAGAAUGACCUAUCUGUUCUGCAUAAAUGUCUUGUCUGAAGUGUGCGGAAAGGAUGUUACUACACGAGUACUAUUACCCACCGUUUUGUCCAUGGCUGAUGAUAAUGUUGCUAAUGUGAGGUUCAAUGUUGCCAAAACCCUCCAAAAGAUGGCGCCCUUUUUAGAUCCGGCGGUAAUACAACCACAAGUGAAACCAGUAUUGGAGAAAUUGAACGUAGACCCGGAUGUCGAUGUGAAAUACUUCGCGUCCGAAGCUAUAGUUGGCAUCGCGGGUUAGUUUUCUUUUAAAUGAAUAUAAUCGCAUUUAUAUUUGUAUCCAUACUGAAUAUUUUAAUAGGUCGAGUUUCCUUCCGAACAAAUAUAGUAACCCAUCAUAUUUUCCACUAAUUUGUUAAAUAAUAACAUUAUUAUAUAUUGUCGCUAAAUUUCAACUAGAAACGCUGCUCGCAAAAAAAUGUUUCAAUUUGACAAACUCAAUCGUAGUUCUCGGAAGUAGCGUGAACCGUUGUGAUUAAUAUAAUUUAAUAAAUUGUAGAAUGAAUAUGGAUGCCUCGCCAUUAUUAUAGGAAAUCACAAUGUUUUGUAGAUUUUUUAGCGAUUAUAAGGCUAUGUGCGCACUGUUUUUCCAUUCUAAAAAUAAUUUCUAGACUGUAGUAAAAAUUAUCUUGUACAGUGUACGCUUAAAUUAACAAUCCAUCUUUACUCACUUUUUAUAUUAAUCUAUUGAAAUUGUAUUUUAGUGUAUCAAGGCAACGAUGAUAAACAGAAUGCUUAUAUUACAGCUUUAGCAAGGGUGCCCAAUAUGUGGAAUCCCUAUUAAAAACCCAUAUAUAAUUUAUAUUGUAUACAGCUCAGUCUAAUUAAUUACCAAAUGCAUAAACAAUUAGGAAAUGCACACUAGAAAACUCACAAAUCUUUCUACACUAAACCUGUUCAGAGUUCGUUUUGAUUUCCAAAUACCAUUUUGUAUGUAAUAAACCAAUCACCUUCAUGUAAAAGCUACAUACGUAUUAUGGUCUCAAUUGUGGUAAAAGCCUUUAAAAAAAGAAAAAUCUUUGAUAAUAAUAAUGCCAUUGAUUGGACCACACACAAAAGGUUUGAUGCACCUAAUACUUUAAGGAAAUUUUAUUUUUUCCCCAGUAUUGUAUGCCGCAAAUCACAAUGCAUAUAAAGACAGUGCGAAAACUAUAUCCCAGCCCCCAUAGCAUGACCAUCUCAUUAAAAAGCGAUUUAUCGACUUUGACUGUCAAACUGCAAUUGAGUUUGCCAAUUAAGUGUUGUUUAAAGCUUUUUAAAUUGCGUUGUACAUGCUGAGGGGGCCGGUUAAGUAUAAGUUUUGGCCCAAGUUUUAAACUAACUUUAUACGCUCUAUAAUAAGCAAUAUGUCUUCGCUGUUGUAUUAUGUCGCAUUGCCGCAUUCGUAGGUGUAAAUCGAUGGGAGCUGUCGACUUUAUUCCAGUAUGCACUUAACCUAUAUUCAAAUUGAUACUGUAAGAAGAUUUCGAAAACAUUUCGUAUCGUUAAAAUGUAUUAAAGUAAUAAAAUAAGUAUAAAAUUA